CCAUCAGCCCAAGCACACAAGGAUCAUCAACAUCGUCGGAGAUUAGGAGGAAAAUACAAAUCCACUUGAAAUUUCAUUUCAACUCAUAAUCGGAACAUCGUCGGAGCUCCACCGGGCAUCCGCAAAAGAGCUUCAUCGUGGCUCCCUCAGGCCAACAACAACAACACCAGCAUCAAACUCUUGCUCGAAGGAAAUCAGCACCGCCGUCGACUUUGAGUCAAGCCGUAGCAUCUGGCCCGAAACGAAUAGUGCUCAAAGAAUCCUUAGGUCAAACAUCCGAAUCGGAUCUCGAUCUUCCUUUUUGGCAAAGAACCUGGUUCAUAGUGCUGCUACUUCUCAUGGCAAUUUCCUUCUUUGCCCUCGCUAUCUUCCUUUUUCUCACCCUCGACUCUGAUUACACAGCGUCGCCUGUUUCCGCUGCCUCCGAAGGCGUCCAGAUUACAUAUGGAUCCACGAUUAAGUUGAUGCACGAGAAGACAAAAUUUCGGUUGCAUUCACACGAUGUGCCAUAUGGUUCGGGCAGUGGGCAGCAGUCGGUCACUGGAUUUCCUGGCGUAGAUGAUGCUAACAGCUACUGGAUUGUUAGGAGCACUGACUCAUCCAAGCAAGGUGAUCCUAUUAAGAGUGGAAGCAUCAUCAGGCUGCAACAUAUGAAGACCAGGAGAUGGCUGCACAGCCAUUUGCAUGCGUCUCCCAUUUCAGGGAAUAUGGAGGUGAGCUGCUUUGGUGAUGACAAUGAAUCUGAUACUGGGGACUAUUGGAAACUUGAAAUUGAGGGCAGUGGUAAAACUUGGAGGCAAGACCAAAGAAUCAGGCUUCAACAUGUGGACACUGCAGGUUAUCUUCACAGUCAUGACAAGAAAUACACGCGAAUUGCUGGGGGUCAGCAAGAGGUUUGCGGUGUGAGGGAAAAACGUCCAGACAAUGUUUGGUUGGCAGCAGAGGGUGUCUACUUCCCUGUUAAUGAAAGCAAGUAAAGAUUGUUGAUGGCGUGAGUCCUCUGGAUCACAUACAAUUUUCUUCUGCUUUUCAUCUCAUAUGGGAGAUGGCUCUGAGUGCCGCAUCUUUGUUCGUUGUCAUAUCAAUUAAUAGAAGCAUUUUCUAACAGUUAGCUGAAUUUUAUCGGUAGAGGCAGGCUAAUUACAAGUGUACUAAAUCUUUACUAUAGUACUUUGUGCUGUUCUUGUUAGCAAAGUUGCUAUGCCAAGUGGUAACAAUUGAGUGAUAAUUCCUCCCUUAUCGAUU